CGGAAACAGACUGAUUUUCGAAAUUUGUCAGGUUUACCAAAAAAGAUGUCCUACACUAACCGAAAAUAAAAGUCCCCGUUUUGAAUAGUAAAUCGAGAAUGCGAAAAGCAACCUGAAUAUUUGGAAUUUAGAUAUGUAUAAUAAAAAUGUUAUCCUGAAGUUAUCAAUGAUAUUACUCAACAACCAAUGAUUCCUUUGAAAAGGAAAAAAGAAAAUUCAAUUAACCCUCUUGUGGAUAUAAAAUCAUCGUUAUACGACUACGAUGUAAAUUCCCCUAGUAAAGAUAAGCUUUUACCGAAUGUAUCCAUAUUCGAUACUCGAAAGACCUAUUCUGGUAAUAAUAAAAUUAUAAGAUCAAUGACAUCUUUGGAUCACGAUACAACUUUAAUAGAUCUUCCCAUCCAUAUUCACAAUGAUUCACUCAAUAAUUCGAAUGUCGAUAAUCAAGAUGCAGAUAUUAAAUUACUGAUGGAUAAAGUAUUUAUCGAAUUAAUGAUAGACUCCAAGCUUUCGUCCAUACCUUUCAUACCUCAUUCACCAUAUCUCCAUAUUGUUUCUUCAAAUUCAUUUCACUUCUGUGUAAAACUACCAGCGAACAUUUACGAUUUAGAUUUAGAACUUAACGGACAAGAUAACGUCAAAUUUGUAAUAGAUAUCAAAGAAGUUCAUGAAAUUAUUCUGAAUUGGCAUUUCAGGAAGGGUGAUGAAAUUUUCUCGUACUAUAAUUUAUUAAUAUUAAUGGGACCAGAGUUCAAUGCCAAUCACGAAUUUAAUAUAAAAUAUUCCAUCAAAAGGUUUAGUAUCAUAUUGAAAUUGAGAAAAAGUGAGGAAUCCCUUUUAAUUGAAAAGAUUACAAACGUAUAUAAAAUUUAUAAGAAGAUAAAUAUUGGAAAUAAUGAUGCCAAUCACUUGAGGCUAACAUCUUCGCCUCAAAAUAGUAAUGAUAUUCAUGAAACUCAGUACAUCUUGACUCACGAAACAACUUUUAACUCACUCGAAAUAACUCCUUCUCAGUUUUAUUCGACCAGACCGAAAGAUAUAGAGGAUCUUUAUUCCAGUUUGACGAAUGAAAAAAACGGAUUAUUAUUCGGUGAUUCAAUACCCUCACUAAAGCAUAAUCCUAUUCCAGAAACGACUCCUGUUUUCUCAAAAAAUGGUGAAAUGGAACGAAAGUUACGUUUGCAUUCCAAAAUUUUGACAUAUCACGGUGUUCCAUCCUUCGCGUCCGAGAAUCCCUUGGAUACCAAAAAAUGUGAUUCGAUCGAAAUAACCUCUUCUGACAUCUUGUGUUUAAAAGACAACGAAUUCUUGAACGAUUCUAUAAUUGACUUUUAUCUUAAGUAUCUAUGGUGCGAACGUAUCAAGCCCCCAAAUUUGCAAGCCAAAAUCCACAUUUUUAGUUCCUUUUUCUACAAUCGUCUCACGUCUCGGUUGCCUGACAUAAAAUCUGAAAUGGAUCGAAAAGAGAAAGGUAACCGUUUGAACCGAAACGAAGAUGUUGAAACCCUUAUUGAUGAUUCAAAAUCGACGACUGACUUGAUAAUAUCGAAAGAUGAGAUUAAAGAGAUUGCUCAAUCACCUUCUCCUACUUCUUAUAACGGAAAUUCGAAUAAAAUUUGCGACGAGAAAGAAGAAAAUUCUAAAAGUCAAUCCGAGCCUUUCCAGCGAUUGCGCAUAAUCUACGAUAGAUUCUUGAGUAAAUAUUGUGAAACUCUUUCUCACGUGUCUCCCGGUUCAGUUUUACCAAAUAUAACAAAAGUUACCACCAUCUCCCACCUGGCGGAUAAAGAUGCCAUCGAUCCUCUGGGUCCUUAUAUUCAUGGCCCUGUCAAGAAAUGGACAAAAAAUAUUGACAUUUUCCGCAAAGAAUAUAUCGUUAUUCCAAUCAACAAGGACUCUCAUUGGUUCCUGGCUAUUAUAUGUUUGCCUCCCAAUUUACGGGAUUCUAUCGAAAAUAGCUAUCAUUACUCGCGCGAUAAAAAAUUACAAAACUGUACUAAUCCACCAUUUCGCACUAUAUACGUUCUGAUAUUUGACUCGCUUUUGAAACAGCGCCACAGGGCCUUAUCGCGAUAUAUCCGAGCCUAUCUCAACGAGGAAUGGAAUUCUAAAAAAUUCACAUCUACACUCACCACGCCGGAUUCAAAUAACGUAGAAUUUCAGAGAUAUAAAAAUUUUAAAAUAAUUUUCAAUGAAUCUAAUCUUGUUUGCGUGUACCCUAAAAUAGCGCAACAGGAUAAUUAUCACGAUUGUGGGCUCUAUCUUCUAAAAUAUUUCGAAACAUUUUUCUCUCAUUUACCGGAUUGGUCCGAAAAGACAGAGCCUUUGAAACGACAAUUUUAUAAGGGCGGGUGGAAAAUUUAUCCGGAUGUCAUUAAAGGUAAAAGGAAAGAAAUACGCGACUUGAUUCUUUGUUUAUCUAAGGGAAAAAAUAAAAUAUAGUUUUUUUUUAUUAGAUUCGUUAUUAAUAUUGUUAUUUAUUGCUAUACGGAAUAAAUAUUGUUCAUAUACAUUUUUAAAAAGUGUUAUUAAUAUAUGUUUUAUACUUUUUAAAUGAAUAUUUUACAAGCUUCUUUGGAGUUUUCAGUGCCUAAUACCCUAUCUAG